CCGCCCUGUGAGAGGGGGGAGCAGCCCGCACCUGGCCGCCUGCCCGCACAGCCUCCCGUCUCUAUAUAAACACUCACUGGGACUGGAGCACUGCAAGUCAGUGGCAGCCUCUGCCCACUCAGGGAUAUACCUGCACCGACCACUCUGCACCAGGAGGACUCUUCCCAUUCAGCUUUUCUUUUUCUCUCUUACUGGACCUGGAUAUUAUAUACUUUUAUUUUUAUUUUUUUAGUUAAGAAAAAAAAAGUUUCUGAAGUUUCUUUUUAAGUAGUGAAAUGGGCGUGUUUUAGUCAGAUAGCUACAAUUUCUGCAUUUUGGCUAAAUCCGUAGCAUUUUGGUCAUUUUCAGCACCACUGUGCUGGUGGCAUUUUCUUUAUCAGGUGCCCCUAUGCUGUGAGUGCCCCAAACAGCAGAGCUGUGACAGAUCCCCACCACCACCACCACCACCAUGCUGUUUGAGAGCUUUGAUCUGGUGUCUGCCCUGGCAACCCUAGCUGCCUGCCUGGUAUCAGUUGCCCUUCUCUUGGCUGUAUCCCAGCAACUGUGGCAACUACGCUGGGCAGCCACCCGGGACAAGAGCUGCAGGUUACCAAUCCCCAAGGGAUCCAUGGGAUUCCCUCUCGUCGGAGAGACCUUCCACUGGGUGCUUCAGGGCUCAGGUUUUCAGUCCUCCAGGAGAGAAAAAUAUGGAAACGUGUUUAAAACCCACUUGUUGGGUCGCCCCCUGAUCAGGGUGACAGGAGCUGAAAAUGUCAGGAAGAUUUUAAUGGGAGAACAUCACCUGGUGAGCACUGAAUGGCCCCGAAGCACCCGCAUGUUACUGGGACCCAACAGCUUGGCUAACUCCAUAGGGGACAUCCACAGAUAUAAGAGAAAGGUGUUUUCCAAAAUCUUCAGCCAUGAGGCUUUGGAGUGCUAUCUUCCAAAAAUACAGUUGGUUAUCCAGGACACUUUGCGGGUCUGGAGCAGCAACCCAGAGCCUAUCAAUGUCUAUUUUGAGGCUCAGAAGUUGACCUUCCGUAUGGCAAUUAGAGUCCUUUUGGGAUUCCGACUAUCUGACGAGGAGUUGAACCAGCUCUUUCAGGUGUUCCAGAAGUUUGUGGAGAAUGUCUUCUCCUUGCCGGUGGACCUUCCUUUCAGUGGGUACAGAAGGGGUAUCCAAGCACGUGAAACCUUGUUGAAAAGCCUGGAGAAAGCCAUUCAAGAAAAGCUGCAGAACACUCAAGGCAAAGACUAUGCCGAUGCUUUAGACAUUCUAAUUGAAAGCGGCAAGGAACACGGCAAGGAGUUGACCAUGCAAGAGCUGAAGGAUGGCACCCUGGAACUGAUAUUCGCUGCCUAUGCCACCACUGCCAGCGCCAGCACCUCUCUCAUCAUGCAGCUGCUUAAGCACCCAUCAGUCCUGGAGAAGCUAAGAGAGGAGCUGAGAGGGAAUGGAAUUCUUCACAAUGGCUGCGUUUGCGAAGGCGCUCUGCGAGUGGACACCAUUAGCAGCCUUCAUUACCUAGACUGUGUUAUCAAAGAGCUGCUGCGCCUUUUCAGUCCCAUAUCUGGAGGCUACAGGACAGUGUUACAAACCUUUGAACUAGAUGGUUUCCAAAUUCCUAAAGGAUGGAGUGUUUUAUACAGCAUCCGGGACACCCAUGAUACUGCACCAGUCUUCAAAGACAUUGAUGUUUUUGAUCCAGACCGAUUUGGAAAAGAUCGCACUGAAGACAAAGAUGGAAGAUUCCAUUACCUUCCAUUUGGUGGUGGAGUACGGACCUGUUUAGGUAAACACCUAGCCAAGCUUUUCUUGAAGACCUUGGCAAUUGAGUUGGCCAGCAUGAGCCGAUUUGAGCUGGCUACCAGGACUUUUCCCAAAAUUAUGCCGGUUCCUGUGGUUCACCCAGCUGAUGAACUAAAAGUCAGAUUUUUUGGACUGGAUUCCAACCAAAAUGAAAUCAUGACGGAGACAGAAGCUAUGCUUGGUGCAACUGUGUAGACUUUAACACAUCACCUAUUGUUUUAUUGUUUUACAUCCAGGAGAAGACAACAUAAGAACUAAGCUUACAGUCAAAAUGAAAGCUAAAAAGUUAAAAGCAAAGAGAGAUAUAUCCACAAUAUGAACUCAACAUAUUGAGCCACCAAACCAUGUAUAUGUUAUCUCUGUGGAAUUCCUAACUUAAAUAUAUUAACACAAAUAUACUAAAUAGAUCCAGAUCCAAAAUAUGAUCAAUCCUGCUGCAAUAAAGAAGAGUGAAGAACAGCUGUUGGAAAGGACUUGUUAUGGGAACUGUUACAGGGCUGGCUAGUUGCACAUUGUGUGAUCCCUGUGAUGCCUCCACCGUUUGGAGGAAUUUAGCUUAACUUUGUUGUUUCUCUCUUAAUAAAAAAGAGAUGUUUCAUAGUGUUACACACACACAAGGGUUAACAGGGUUUUCUUCCCAUUGAUUCUGGAUCUGCCUUAUUUUCUUAUUUAAAAAAAAAAGGUUUUUGACUUAAGCUCACAACGGGUCAAUAAGUGUUUUCUAGGGAAAGUGUUGUACCACAUCAGAUAUACAUGUGGUUGUAAUACAGUUUACACUUAAAUAAUCAAACUUUGUGCUAGACUGCAGGACCCAGUAAUGUCACUGAAAUUUAAGGUUGCCUUAUAAUUAAGGAAAACCUUAUCCCAGGUGAAGCUCAAGGAGGACACCACUUAUAGAUUUUAUUUACGUCCCUUUUACCAAACAUAUAUACACUGACUUAAAAAAUGGAUAAAACGUAUUUGCUGUCAAUAAUCAUAUGUAAACAUUAGUAUCAAGUUUCCGCAAAAACUUAAUGAGAAGCUGGGCAACCAAAAUUAUUUCACCAAGAAAAACUGUAAUAGCCUAAAAAUCAGAAUUACAAUCCUUUACAGAAUGUGUGUUCCUUUUACCAUAACAGAAAGCACUAUAUGAUUUGCCCGGUCAGUGUACAGUAAACACAUGCAUUUUACCUAACGUUCUCUAAACCCAGAGGCCAGUGCCUUAUCUUUGUGGUCUCUCUUCUUUUCAAAUUCACAGAUGAUUCAAAAAAGAAAAUCUUUUAAAUAAAUGUAGUCAUUUACAUUCAGUUUUCUUUACACUUGAAUGAGUCUGGACUCUAUACAAUAGUUAUCUGUUUUCGGUGUACCUGCAGUGACACUUUCCUUUGAUAUCUAAACCUUAUUACAUUAAAUACAAGGUGUUCCAUUAGAUAAGUAGUCAAGAAAUGAAUUCAGAUUUUAUUUCCAUUGUAGCCUGUCCUAAAACAAUACAAUUGUCACAGAAAAUGGCCACAAUAUGUAAGUUUUUCAGCAAACUCUUGACCCAUUACAAUUUAGUUAUUCAGUAUUGUAGGUGGUUUCUAAUUCUCAAAUACAUUUGUGAACCCUGCUUUAAAUUAUAUGUUUAUCCUCAAAAGACAAAAUUAUACAUACUAUUUAUAAUGUCCCCAUUACUUCCAGUUGACUUCUUAAGGGUUGAGCAGGUCCCAGUUAUUCAAAAGAAUAUUUUUUAAAAGCUUAUCUGCAAAACAAUGUAUAUAAUAUAAAUUAUUCAAGUAUAUUGCCUAGCACUUGUUCAGUGAAGAACAUUCCAGAUGUUCAAUAAAUAGUAGUUUAAUAACAGGGCACUAUAUAUUAUCAGACACAUUACACUUCCUCUCAUUCCUUGGUUAUACACCAGGGCUCACUCCACGUCUCAAUUCUUUUUCAGAGGCUGGAUCCUUUCAAAUUGUGGGCGUUUUCCUGAAUGGAAAACAGUUGUACAGUAUUGUAAUGUUAGUAAGCUAAAGAAAACUCUUCCAAUGGGGGAGCUAAUAAGUGGAAAUUUAUUGGUCACUGGAGUGCAACCUAUGCUAUCCUGUGUAUUAUUUAUAUUCUAUUUAUUUACUCAGUAAAACAGGUAGAGGAUAAAGACUCACAGUUUCAGAUCAGUUCACAUUAUAUGUCUGAAGCACAGAAAAUCAGUGCUCUAUAACCUUAGAUAUAAACAAAGGAAUUAGGUUAUCAUGUAGAGAGGAACAAAACUAGAGGUAUGAGUAACGAAGCUCAUUGGGGUCAACUGGAAAAUCAUGAAAUAGGUUUCCAAUUUAUCAUAACUUAGAUUUUGAUACCCUAUAACAUAAACACAAAUAAAUUGCAAAAUGUCUAUAUUAUGUGUGAAGUGCUUGCAAUAGCUGGUUUACAAUAUAUAACAUUAUCUAACAUUGCGAUAAAGGUGCACAGGAUAAAAACUAGAGGGAUUUCUCAGUUAAGUUAGGUUAGCUAAAGUAUAUUGUCAGAAUGCAUUAUAUUUCACGUCAAUAAAGCAUGAAUACUAAGGCAUUUUAAUAUAUAUAGUAAUGGUGAGCAUUUAAAUUAGAUUAUUCUCAAGUGAAACGUAUCAUUUCAACAUACAGAUAAACCUAAUCUAUUGACUGCUAUUAAUUAAACUGAUAUUUCAAAAAAAGGUAAUCUUAGUGGCUCUAGGAGGUAAUCUCAGUGGCUCUAGGAGAACACCAAUAAUAGGGUCUUAACGUUUUUCAUUUGAAAUGUCACUAUAUUAUAAAACAGCAGUUUUCAAUUGGUUUCUGCCACUGGUUCCAGAUGUAAAUGAUUCGUUUUGCUAACACAAUUCUGUUGCAUGGUAGCAAUUUAUAUUCAAAUAUUUUGCUACAAUGUCUUGAAUAUUAGAUUUAUGUAAUAGGAAACUAGCUCAGACCUUGAUUCCUGAUGCUUCAAAAACCAUUCCUUACCAUAUAACUUGACUAAGAACAUAUAGGUCCUGCGAAGGUGUUGCAGGAAAGCACUUUGAAUGUCAUAAUUCCUAGUACAGUCCCUAUACGGACUAAUUCACUAUAUUAUUUUAUACACAACAGUUGCUGAACUUUUGUUAUUUUUGUCUGACUUUAUAAACUAUUAUAAGUACUAUUUUUGUUAUAUUUCGAAAUAGAUAUUUAGUAUAAAGUUUUUUUCUGUGCUGUUAAAUAUUUGUUAUUUAGUAAAAUAUGAAUUGCCCUUUAUUUGUAAACAUUGUUCAAAUAUUAAUAUGUUUAUAUCGCCGUCAUUUUUAAUAUUAAGAGAAGCACUUGUGGUUUUUUUUGUUCUUAAGAAUUGGUGCCGUGUGGACACAAUUUUGUUUUAGUAAUGUGUUUUUAAUGUACAUAUUAUUAUGUGUCAUAUAUUAAAAAUGAAUGUUGUGUA